UGACGAACCAAUAUAAUCUCUACCUCCAAAUUUCUUGACUUUUGUUUUGAUAUGCAAAAGGUGAGAUGAACGACAAUCCAAAGAAGAAAAAUAAGCAAAACCCAGUUGAUAAUUUGCCCCAAAAUGAUACUCCAACACCACUAAAAGACUCCACUACCAUGAAUUUUGACACGAGGGUUUUAAAGUUCCUAGUGUUAUUGAUCCUAAUGGAGGGUGCGGUUGCGAAUGUGCGCACUCUCCACAGAGAAGGAGCAAUAUUUGUUUAUGGCUGAAAAGGGUAGCGUGCGCCUUGUGAAAGCUACUUUUUUGGGCCCCAAAAUCAGUGAUGAUUGGCUUUCCAGCAGGACUACUGAGCCGAGGACUUCAACUCUCUUUCAAACAUUUUGGAGCCUCAGAGCUUAAGGUAAGUUUAAUUGGCGCUGGAUCUUUUGAAUAAUCGAAUGCUUUUGGGUUGUCCUCUAAUGGCUCAGUACUAGUUUUGGAGGUUAUCUGUAUCCACAUGAGAAGAAUCUCAACAAGUCCAAGUGGAUGGAGGUGGCCCAUCCUUUUGCUCACAAGCUGAAAUUUUCCUGGUUUGUUCUAUUGGAAGAGGGUUCUGUUUAGAAAUAUCUUCACUGGGACGAGGUUAUUGAAUCUUCAAGAUUAUGCAGCUCAGUAUUGGGUUCUGUGAAUUUGGUUCUAAUUGGCUUGCAACUUAUCUGAAGUGUGUGAGACUUGAGUAUCUAAUCUGAGAAAGCCCUUUGAAUAUUUAGGGGUUUUGUUCUUUUAAGUUUUAUCCUUCUUCCUUUUCCUCUAAUUGGAGGAUUGUUUGUAGCUGAUGUUGUUUUUUAUUUGAUAUUAAUUUUUUAUUCUUUGACAGGUUCUUUGUUUUGAUUGGAAUAACAUCCAUAAGUGUCUUUUCCCUUUUUGACUUCUAAAAAGUUUCAAUAACCGCCUUUUGAUCUUUUUCAUCUGUAGUUAAUUCUUAAAUCUUGCUUUAAAUCAUAUUUUCCCGACGUACUUUGGUGCGUAUUCGUUGCAGUUUUAUGCUUAUGCGUAUCUUAUUUUCCAGUCUUAGGUCAAUUUGUGGAAAUUUAUAGAGUAGAGAAGACUAUGAUUUAUAGUUACUAUUUCAUGUUUAAUGUAUUUGAAUUAUUUACUCGUGCAAUUCUAUUCUUGCUUUCAUAUUUUCAGCUGUUUUUUGUUUCUUCUCAAAUUUGAAGUAUUAGAUCCUUGACUGUGCAGCUUUUAUUAGUCAUUAUUUUUUCUUUUUCUCAUAUUUUGACAGAUUGGAUUCAAUUUGAGGAAUAGUGAUUAUGCAGUUCACUAUGAGGAUUGUUUGCAUUCUAGUAUUGAUACUUCUCUUCAGUGGGAGUUCCUCAUUUGGAGACAGCGCAAAUGUAUCUCCGAGACCUGAAGUUGUCAACAUUGGGGCUUUAUUCUCUUUCCGUUCUAUGAUAGGCAAAGUUGGAAAAAUUGCCGUAGAAGCUGCCAUCGAGGAUGUAAAUUCUGAUCCAUCCAUUCUGGGGGUGACGAAACUGAACCUCAGUUUACAUGAUACCAAUUACAGUGGAUUUUUGGGCAUCAUUGAAUCCUUGCGAUUCAUGGAGACCAAGACUAUGGCCAUAAUUGGCCCCCAAAAUUCUGUAACUGCUCAUGUCAUAUCUCAUAUUGCAAAUGAGGUCCAAGUCCCUCUAUUGUCAUUUUCAGCCACAGAUCCCACACUGUCAUCACUUCAGUUUCCUUUCUUUAUCAGAACUUCACAGAAUGAUCUGUAUCAGAUGGCUGCAGUAGCUGAAAUAGUUGACUACUUCCAAUGGAAAGAGGUGAUUGCCAUCUUUGUUGAUGACGAUCAUGGUAGAAAUGGUAUUGCUGCAUUGGGGGAUCAACUUAAUGAGAGACGAUGCAAGAUCUCAUUAAAAGUACCAUUGAAGCCUGAUGCUAGUCGAGAUGAGGUCACUGAUGCGCUUGUUAAGGUGGCUUUAACUCAGUCUCGAAUACUUGUUAUUCACACUUAUGAGACCACAGGUAUGGUUGUGCUCAAUGUGGCUCAAUAUCUUGGAUUGACAGGGCCUGGGUACGUUUGGAUAGCCACUAACUGGCUUUCUUUGCUACUCGACACAAAUUCUCCUCUUCCUUCUGCUUCUAUGGAAAAUAUUCAAGGACUUGUUGCUUUACGUCUUUAUACACCAGAUUCUGCACUCAAAAGGAAUUUUGUUUCAAGGUGGACCAAUUUGACUGCUGGAAAGUCAUCAAGUGGUUCGUUCGGAUUGAGUACUUACGGAUUAUAUGCUUAUGAUACUGUUUGGAUGCUUGCUCAUGCAAUAAAUGCAUUUCUUAAUGAAGGUGGUAAUCUUUCAUUUUCAAAACUUUCGAAGUUAACUGGGACUGAUGUUAGAUAUUUGAAUCUCAACUCUAUGAGCAUCUUCAAUGGUGGGAAGACACUACUUGACAAAAUUUUAGAAGUCAAUUUUACUGGAAUAACAGGUUCAGUUGGGUUCACUCCAGAGAGGGACUUAAUUCAUCCUGCAUUUGAAGUGAUCAAUAUAAUCGGCACAGGGGAAAGAAAAAUUGGUUAUUGGUCUAACUAUUCUGGCCUGUCAAUUGUGCCUCCAGAAACCCUUUACUCGAAACCACCUAACCGAACCAGUUCAAAUCAAAAGCUAUAUGAUGUGGUAUGGCCUGGACAAGCAACACAGAAGCCUCGUGGUUGGGCAUUUCCAAACAGUGGAAGACACUUAAGAAUUGGAGUUCCGAGACGAGUCAGUUAUCAAGAAUUUGUCUCACAAGUAGAAGGAACUGACAUGUUCACUGGCUACUGCAUCGAUGUCUUCACUGCAGCAAUCAAUUUGUUGCCUUAUGCAGUCCCCUAUAAGUUAAUUCCUUUUGGGGAUGGCCUUACUAAUCCUAGUGAAACUGAACUUAUUCGACUAAUCACAACUGGGGUCUAUGACGGAGCGAUUGGGGACAUUGCAAUCAUCACAAACCGAACCAGGAUGGCUGAUUUUACACAACCAUACGUAGAGUCUGGCCUAGUAGUUGUAGCCCCAGUGAAGAAGUUGAAUUCUAGUGCUUGGGCCUUUUUACGACCGUUCACUCCGAAGAUGUGGUGUGUUACUGCUGCUUCUUUUCUUGUAAUAGGAGCAGUUGUUUGGAUUUUAGAGCAUAGGAUAAAUGAUGAUUUUCGUGGCCCUCCAAAGAAACAAGUUAUUACCAUUUUAUGGUUCAGCUUUUCAACUCUAUUCUUCUCUCACCGGGAAAAUACAGUCAGUGCCCUUGGUCGCCUCGUGCUGAUCAUAUGGUUAUUUGUUGUUCUAAUUAUCAAUUCAAGCUAUACUGCAAGUUUGACUUCUAUCCUUACAGUUCAACAACUUUCUUCUCCUGUGAAAGGGAUUGAAACUUUGAUUUCAAACAAUGACCCAAUUGGCUACCAGCAGGGUUCAUUUGCUCGAAACUACUUGAUUGAGGAACUUGGCAUUCAUGAGUCGAGACUAGUUCCACUCAUCUCAGCAGAACACUAUGUUAAAGCCUUGAAUGAUGGGCCAACAAAUAAUGGUGUUGCUGCUAUUGUCGAUGAGCGAGCAUAUGUAGAGCUCUUCCUUUCAACCCGUUGUGAGUACAGUAUUGUUGGCCAAGAGUUCACCAAAAAUGGGUGGGGAUUUGCUUUCCCUCGCGACUCUCCAUUAGCAGUUGACAUGUCCACAGCUAUUUUAAGACUGUCUGAAAAUGGAGAUCUUCAAAGGAUCCAUGACAAAUGGUUAAUGAAAAGUGCCUGCACAUCACAAGCUUCAAAAAUUGAGGUGGAUCGACUUCAGCUCAAUAGCUUUUGGGGACUUUUUCUAAUAUGUGGAUGUGCCUGUUUGCUCGCUCUAUCAAUAUACCUCUAUCAAAUGGUGCGCCAAUAUAGUGAACAUUACGCUGAAGAACUUGGGUCUUCUGAGCAAACCUCUAGAUCUGCAAGCCUACAAAGAUUCCUUUCUUUUGCAGAUGAAAAAGAAGAAGUCUUCAAAAGUCAAUCCAAGCGAAGACGAAUGCAAGAGGAUUCAAUUAGAAGCGUGAAUGAAGAAAAUUCAACAGGCAGUGUAAGAAAAGUUGGCCAUGGUUAUGCCGAUGGCAAUAUGCAUGAUUCCUAGAGACUAACAUAUACUAAUGGUACGAUUCAGAAUAACAUAUAAUAUUAGUGCUCAUUUGAUUUUUUUUAACAACAAUAUCAUCCAGUUGCUUGUAAAAUUCGAUAAGUUGGUUAGCUAUUAUAAGAAAAAUGAAGUUUCACAAACA